AUCGGUAAAAUUGUAUUGUUUAAUUCCGAGAAGUGAAACGCAAAAAAUUUGCGAAAUUUCGCAGGCGUUGCUGCUGGGAAAGGCUCUGCUCCAACCAGAGUCCAAAACAUUUUCCUGGAAAAUUUAUUACAGAAAGAAAGCAAACAUGGAGACUUGCCCAUCUGUGAAAAACAUUCUCCUCCUCGAUUCUGAAGGGAAGCGCGUCGCUGUCAAGUAUUAUUCAGAUGACUGGCCAACAAAUAGUGCAAAAGAAGCUUUUGAAAAAUCUGUAUUUACCAAGACCCAAAAGACUAAUGCACGGACCGAAGCGGAGAUAGCAAUGUUUGAGAACAAUAUCGUUGUUUACAAGUUUGUUCAAGACCUUCAUUUUUUUGUUACUGGAGGAGAAGAUGAAAAUGAGCUCAUCUUAGCUACAGUUCUUCAGGGAUUUUUCGAUGCAGUUGGCUUUCUCCUUAGAGGCAAUGUAGAUAAGAAGGAGGCACUUGAGAACUUGGAUCUCAUUCUAUUAUGCCUUGAUGAAAUUGUUGACGGCGGCAUUAUCCUCGAGACUGAUGCGAAUGUUAUCGCUCAAAAGGUGGCAAGUCACAGUAUGGAUGCAGGGGCGCCAUUGUCUGAGCAGACAAUAAGUCAAGCAUUGGCAACUGCUCGUGAACAUCUAGCAAGAUCCCUUCUUAAAUGAGAACCGUGAGAUGUGUGGAGAGGACCAAGGAGGGUGACCAACUCUGUUUUUGCAUUUUCCAGUUCCAUCAUAUUUGAUGUACUAUAUUCUUCAUGAGAACCAAAUGUGUUAUAUGCCAUUACUUGCGAUGCUGCUACUUACCAAUAUUAGAGUUUCAUUUCUUGUGAUAGCAUUAUCUGAUUUUGCUCAAUUUUAUCGUCUAUUGUAAACUUGAUUGGACACAGAAAAACACAAUGGUCAAAAAGUUCGAAAUUAUAAAGGUUCUGACUUGAGGUUUCGUGAGACC